CCGCUGCGCCAGUCUAGCAGAGCAACAUUCAACAAGCAACAACUGGGGGUGACAGACAUGGUACGAAUACGAUCUUCUUAAGCCUGGAUUUUAAAACAGCCGAAACAAAACUUGUCAAGACCAACGACAGAAAAGGGAGCCUUCAUCAGACCUUUAAAAGCUCUUUUCCAGCGUUGUCUCAUCUCUAUGACUCGCUUCGGCUCCGUUUUGUGACUUUUAUAUGUAGAAGUUUGUGAAGUGACGAAGUUUUUUUUUGCCUCUUUUUUUUCUCAUCCUGCUUGUGUGCCUUAGCGUAGGUCUAUGUGAGAGUGGGAUAAUACUUUUCCUGGUAUUAUGGCUGAAGCUCCGCAGCAACAAGUGGUGGAGUUUGAUCCGGAUUUCGAGCCAUUGUCACGGCCCCGGUCGUGCACCUGGCCGCUGCCCCGACCCGAGUUUAUUAAUCCUACCAACUCUAACAAUUCGUCGCCGGCGCCUUCUGUCAAACAAGAGCCCGGCGGCAAUGUGGACUUCAUCAACAACCUGAGCUUGCUGGAGGAGACUGAAGACUACCCCGAGCAGAAGCCGCUCGUUUUGUGUAAUGAUUUUCAGUGCCAGGAGAAUUGCAUCCACCAGCAGCCCCAGCAACAACAUCAGCACCCGGGCCAGCAGCUCUCGCACCAACAGGUGCCCCCCUUGUCUUCGCCGGCUGGCUCAGCCUCCUCGGUAGCCGCUGCUCAGAGGAAGAGCAGUUCCUCCAGACGAAAUGCAUGGGGAAAUAUGUCUUACGCCGACCUGAUCACCAAGGCCAUCGAGAGCUCCCCCGAGAAGAGGCUCACCUUGUCGCAGAUCUACGACUGGAUGGUAAAGAGCGUUCCCUAUUUCAAGGACAAGGGCGACAGCAACAGCUCCGCCGGUUGGAAGAACUCCAUCCGACACAACCUCUCACUGCACAGCCGCUUCGUCCGCGUGCAGAAUGAGGGGACUGGAAAGAGCUCCUGGUGGAUGCUGAACCCAGAAGGGGGCAAGAGUGGCAAGUCUCCCCGUCGCCGAGCCGCGUCCAUGGACAACAACAGCAAGUUUGCUAAGAGCCGUGGACGAGCUGCCAAAAAAAAGAUGGCUCAUCAAAGUGGGCAGGAUGGAGGAGCAGACAGCCCCAACUCCCAGUACUCCAAGUGGCCUGGAAGUCCCAACUCCCACAGCAAUGACGACUUUGAUGCGUGGACGACCUUCCGUCCACGUACCAGCUCCAACGCCAGCACCAUCAGCGGGCGCCUUUCCCCCUUCAUGCCUGAGCAGGAUGACUUGAGCGAGCCUGACGUGCACAUGGUCUAUCCCAACACUUCGAGCAAGAUGACGGCCACGUUGCCUAGCCUCUCUGAGAUGACCGGCUCCAUCAGCCACCACAGCUCCGAGAACGUCAUGGAAAACCUGCUGGACAACCUCAAUCUCCUCUCUCCCAAGAACCCCCAGGUGGCUGCCAGCAGCUCAUCCCAAUCCUCCCCUUCAUCCAUGAUGCAGCCUAGUCCUGGCUAUCCCUCUUACAGCUCCCCCAGCACCGUUAACUUGGGCUCCCAGGCCCAGCAGGACUACCGCAAGUGCCUGUACGGACAGGCUGGGAUGAACGCUCUGUCUCCCAUGCCUAUGCAAACUCUCCCGGAAAGCAAGCCAGCUUUUGGACCUUCAAUGGGGCAGUACAGCUGCCAUACCGGGCUCCUCAAAGAGUUGCUCACUUCAGACCCGGACUCUCAUGCUGACAUCAUGCCUUCAGUGGACACUGUGGUGUCCCAAUCUAGUGGCAGACCUCCCAACGUUAUGAUGCCAACCAACUCAGUGAUGUCAACCUACAGCGGGGGACAGCCUACUCAUGGAAAGAUGAUGAGCCCAAGUGGUGCCCAUACGCAUGCACAUACACACCCACAUGCUGUGCAUAGCCAGUCUCCGGCGGCCAUGAAUGGUCGACCAUUAACCCACCCCAUGACCACCAUGAGCCACAGCGUGGGCCUAAGCCGCCUCUCCACUGUAAAGACACCCCUGCAGUUGCCUCUGGGUCAGUCCCUGCACAUGAAUCCCCUGCCCCCCUACUGUACGGUCAACAGCAGCAAUGGCUAUGGCCGUAUGGGGAUCCCCUCUGCCCACCAGGAGAAGCUGCCGAGUGACCUGGAUGACAUGUCCAUUGAGCGCUUCGAGUGCGACAUGGAAUCCAUCCUCCAUGACACGCUGAUGGACGGGGACUCAUUAGACUUUAAUUUUGACCCCAUGGUGCCCACACAGGGCUUUCCUCAUGGCGUUAAGACUACCACCCACAGCUGGGUAUCAGGCUAAAGCCGGGUUAUAUCAAAAUAUCACCUCAGACUGGACUGGACCUACAUCAGGAAAAUGGAAAAAGCAAUCCAAAGAGUCCAUCAUCCCUCAUUUUUUCUUGAUUGAUUUUAAAAAGACGCUUUUUUUCACUCUUCUCACUAGACUUGGCAGUGAGGGACUUUUUCCUGUACAGGAUGUUUGCCCAGUGUGUGCAGGUUAUAUGCUGCUCCAGAUAAGGACUCUGCCAUUGGAAGUUAUAUAGCAACCAAGUGCCAAACUCACUACAUAAUGUUAGAGUUCAGUUUAUUUACAUUAUGUUGUUUUUCACAGUCAGAAAUGAGCGAUACUUGCUCUCCUUAUGUGCCUGUUAGUUCUGGGUUCAAGCUAUGACAGCAUUGCAUACAAACAGAAAAAAAGCAAAAUAUUUUUUAAUGAAGCCUACAAUCGCAAGCCAACAGUCUUGGUCCCAUUUUAUUCUGUUUCUUUGUAAUGUGUUUUUUCCCCUCCGUGAGUCAACAUUGAAGGUAUCAUUAACAGUGACACGGAAAUGUCUUAAUCUAUUUAUACAGUACAAUACAUACAGGCAAAAUGUGCUAUUAUCAGGACUGUUGGGAAAAAUAUCUUUUUAUGGAUUAGCCUUUGAGAAAGCAUCACAUGUAAAUAUGUAGGCCUGUUUUAGAAGUGAGGCCUGAAAUAUAUUUGAGUCUAUAGCGACUCUUGGAUAGGUUUUCCCAUCACCAUUUUUCUUGAAACCAUUUAGUUGUAUUGCAUUAGAGUGUAUUUUAUUUUGUUGUUAUUUGAAUUUCAUGUACAGUAAGUUUACAGAAUCACAGUGAAAAUCAGGGCAGCAGUCACGUUUCAGACAUCGUUAACUGGAUCUGAACCAAUAUUUGUUUUUACAUUUGUAAUUGGUUUGUUCACUUGAGGGUGCUUCUCAAUGAGGCUGUUAAAUAGCUUCUUUUUUCUGUAAAUACAUAUAAUGGAAGAUAUCAGAAAACUAAUUCCAUUUCUUUCUUUGCGUCUCUUUUUUAGUAUUGAUGCUAAACUUGCACCAAAGGUUGUGUAGUUUUUACGUUUGCGUUUCUAAGCAAUUUUUCUUGUCAAACAGCUUUGAAAUUCUGAAAAGAGGGGGAGGGGGGAUUGGGGUUUAGGUAUUGUUGACUUUCAAAAGAGAAGUUGUACCAGUAUGUUUAAAGAAUUAGGCUGGUGGAUCAUGGAGAAGUAAGAUUUUUAUUAAGGUGUCCUUUUUUUUCUUCUGCUGCUGCAAGCUUUGUGGCUCUGUUGUUCUGUCUCCCAUCGUCUCCCAUUUUUGAAGUAUGGAGAGACAUAUUGCUCAAGCCUGCUUUUACAAAAGCCUAUGUUUAGCCAAACUUGGACGGCCAAAUUCAAAAUCCACCUCAGCUCUGCUGGCCAUGUGCCACCCUUAGAAACUAAGGCCAACUGAGAGUCCCCUGAUGUCAUUGCUUGUCUACGUCCCCUUGUGAGGCAGUGAACCUGGUCAAUACAGUACCUGUCUCUGAGCUGCUGAAUCUUAGAGGCCAUAAGGUCGACCUCCAUCUCACUCAUUAUUCAGUUGCAGUGGUUCUGUUAUGAUGAGACAUUCUCCAAUCCAAAUCCCAUGGUUGGUACCCCGGAACUUAGAGCUUUUUCUCUUUGCCUUUUAUAAAAAACAGCAAACAUACUUCCCCUGUAAAAUGUCAGCUUACACUUCUUACAGGCAGUGGUGGGAAAAUUGCCACCAAAGUGUUGCUGUGCUGUAGCACUUUCUCCAGUUUACCUCCCUGUGCAUUUUCUUCUGUCAAAAUACUUCUGUGACUCUGCACUUUCUUCACCUGUUUCAUACACAAAUCUCUGGAAGCUGAAGGGAAUACAUCACUACCCUCCCCUCUCCCCCUCACUGAACCUGUACUUUUCCAGUUUCUCCAGUGCUGCAUCAUGGGUAUUGGGAGCUUCUGUACAUUUAGCAGUAUCAAGUGAGGCAGGAGUAAUACGAAAUGCUGACAAACAGAUGCUGUAAAUGGACUUUAAAAUUUGACUCAUGCGUUAAAUAGAUACUUUGCUUAUUUCAAGCCCUGUUAAGUACCAGGAAGUGUUACAUAUCUUUAUAGUGGCUUGUAUACUGCAUUUUUACUUGUUCUUUUUUUAAAGAACUCAUAAUGUUUAUUGCUAAAUAUACAUUUAUAUAUAACAUGUAGUUCAUAUGAAGAGCUAGAAAAUGUAUCCGAUAAUGAAUAAAAAAUAUGUACAUCAACGUUUUGUUUUAUCAUUCCCAUUUUAUCAUGAUCUCAAGUGAUUAUAUCGACCCAAAACACGUGAUCUAUUAUGUUAUCCUUUUUUACCGCAGCAAAACAGAGAAUGUUUAAUAAAAACAGCAAUAAGAAUGUGGUGGCGUGUCUAGGUUUUGGGUGGAUACAUCAUUCAUACCUGAAUGAUUGUUCCGUUGUGUUAAAACACAAUGUGGAGAGGGUGAGCCCAGUUUUUCCCCUUUUUUAUUUCUGUACUUUUAAGUGCAGGUACAGUUGACAUUGACGAAGCUGAGAGAAGGUGUUAUUAAGAAUCAUGACGUGGAGACAAUGGUCCAAAAGCUGUUUCUCAACUUGAAGCAGCUAAAUUAUACAUUGAGGAGGAUUAGUAUGACUGUUGGUUUUAAUACUCAUUUGCUGUGUUUUUAAUACUCUCAGUAUGCUUUGCAGAUGUUCCCAUAAUGAUUGCUUUCUCUUCAUUACCAAGACAAUACUGAAUUAGAUUCCACCUCUAUCUGUAGCCUGCCUUUUUCUUCAUUGUUGUAUGGUUUCCCUCUUUGAGGAUGUAAUACUUGGCACGUGAUUUUUAGGUCAAAAGAUCUCAGUGUCCCAUGUACACUGUGUAACAGAAAGUGUAACACUUUAUCACCUAUUCCCCUGUUCAAACUUUGUUUAAAACUGUUCAAAAUUGUUUAAAAAUCUCCAGACUGGAAGUCCUUAGCCUUAAAGGUAAAGGGACAUAGUCCUGGAGAUUGUAUGGAUCUAUUCAGAUUAGCACAGCUUUAGAAUUACAGUAAAUGUUGAACUGGUGUUAACUUAUUAAGAGGCGACGUAUUGUAGAAUGAAAAGCAGAAUAUUUAAGAUAGGAGUUGUGAAACCCCUGUCCUCGUCAGUGUCAGAUCACACAGCACUUCAGGAUUGAUGCAAUCAAUUGCAAAUUUCAAAUCCUCAUCCUUACAUCAACAGGUGAAAAAGAAGUCAAUUUCUUCAUCAAUUCCCAAAUGUUCCAAUGCAACAAGGUGUACAGUAACAAAAAAGGGGAGAACUCUGCAACAUUCACUUGAGAAUCUUACGUACCUGUACAUAAACGCACAUACUUAUCAGUUCAUUUAAAAAUUGAAGAUCUCCAUAGACAUAACAGGUCCUUUAUGUAAAUGGUAAAGGAAUAAUUCUACAGUUUAAAAAAACUUGUAAAUGAUUGCUUUGUGAAAUGUGCUAAUGAUCUCACCUAUGCAUUCUUGUACUUUAAUUCUUUUUUUUUGUUUGUACUUAUGAGAAAGAUCUUAUAUUGUAUUAUAGAGCUGUUGAGAUAUUUUAUGUCACAGAUGUAUUUGUUUCAGAUAGCUAUAUAAGAAAAAAAAAUGAAGUAUAUUUAGGUAUUAGGACAAUGAUUUAAGUGCUCUGCUUUUUUUGGUAAACUGACACUGUUAUUCUUAUAUGUAGCGGAAAUUUAUAAGAAAACUUUAAAACGCAGAAAAAAAAGUUUCACGCUAAUAACACAAAAGGAGAUGGUUUAGUGGUAUGCUGGACAAUCUGGCCAGAGGGUAAAUAUUUGGACCAAUUUUUAUAGAGAAAAAAUGCACUUCGUUAUCUCUAGGUUCUAUAAUCAGUGCUCCUUGCUGAUUAAAGAAAUGUUACGUAUUAUUUUAAAACUGUUACAUUUCUUAACUUAUGUACAGUAACUGAUUUUAAUUUUAAGAUGUGAUUUGCAAUCAAGAAAAAAACUAACUGUGCAAUGUGUUGGUUUAUAUAAAAAGACAUAAAAGAAACAUUAAAAGUGUGAGUAUCCCUUUGUUUAUGGGAUGCUUUUUGAGACACGCAUUUUUUUUUUGGGCUGGAACUGGCAUGUAAAUAGUACUUGGCUGUCCUAAUCUAGGCUGGUUGAUAUUGAGCAAAAUGUCUUCAAAAGAUGUCACCGCUUCACUAACAAUGACUGAAAAAUCUGAAAAACACCUUUGUGCUUUCUUGAAUGCUUCUCAGAAAGCAAGUGCCUGAUGAUAUUGUAGUAUAAACCUGAAAAUGGAGAACAAUCUUUACAGUCAAUGUAUGAAGCCAUACAUGUACAUAAAUUAUGUUACACAAAAAACUG